AUGGUUGACUCGGUCGUCUCAUUCGUGUUGAAAGUCACUGAAGAUUGGGGCAGAAAAUUAGUAACACAAUGGCUCAGAAGUCGUGGUGCAUUUGCUCAGUCGCUAAGUGACCUCUUAGAAACGGAUUUGAGUACCAUGAAAAGGCAACUAGAAGCACUGAUAAAAAAAGAUCUUCGUGAAAGUAUCCACCUUUUAAGUCAGGGACUUUCAUUAAUUCCGGAUGCAGAUGCAGGCCCAUCAAGCCCAAAGAGAACGAAAAUGGAUCACACUGAUGGAGAACUGAACCCCAGUAUUGUAAAAAUCAGUUUCAGCUACGAAGCAAAAGAGAGGUUCAAGGAUGCCCGUAAGAAAGCAGGAUCAGCCUUUGCUAAUGAAGCAACGAAGACGUUAGACGCAAUUUUAGCCACUUCUAUAAUGGUUUUAUCGCAAAUGCUAGAAACUGACGAUUUAGCCACCGCAUCCAGGCUUUGUUUAGUUUACUUAGAACAACUUCAUUCUCACAAAGAUGUUAAAAAAAGCUUUGAAGAUGAAUUUAGAUAUAUUGAAACAAGGGGAAAGGUACUACAAUUUCCGCCAGUAUUUGGCUCCAUUGACGCUAGAAAAAUCGUUUGGUGCGUCUGUCGCUUGAAUCGCUUUGCUUUCGAUAUGGCAAAGGAGAGUGGCGAAGCUGAAAGAUCUCCGGAGCACUUUAAAGCCUGGCCAUGUGUUAAACUUACAAACCACCAAAAAGAAAUUGAUCCUUUGCGUGAUCCAAGGUUAAUCGAUAUUUUUAAGCUAGAAAACCGGCCAUUUUCUAUUGCGCCUUCGUUAUUUGGCCAAAACGACGCAAGAGAAGAGUUGAGACCUCAGUCACCCAGUGAGAGAGUUGAAACAACUACAGACGAAGAGUACAGAAACGAUAUCGUAUUCGCAAAAGCUUCCCCGAGUCAUUUAACCUAUGAAACACCUCAAGAUCACGCCAAGGAUGUUGCACUGGUUUCAUCGGAGACGCCCUCUGAAGUGAGUCGUGAAUUGUUUCCCAAAAGAGGCACAAAGAGAAGGAGAAAGGAAGAGGAGCAGGACGAAAACAAAAGAAAAAAAUAG